AUGCUCAUCAGUUUCUCCGACCUCCAUCGCCUCUUGAGAGUCACAGCUUGGUGUUGCCGAUGGAGAGGCAACCCACCGAGCUCCAAGGCUCACCUCAACCUCACGGCCGACGAGUUGGAGGCGGCCCUGCUCCGCUUGGUGCAAUCUCACCAUUUCUCCAAGGAGAUCACCGCCCUAAAACAGAAUAAAGGGUUAGUCAAGGGUCAGCUAGCGAAUUUGACCCCCUUCCUCGACAUUCAUGGAAUCCUUCGAGUUGGGGGCCGGCUGAAGCACGCAGUGCUCUCAGAUGAUGAGCGCCACCCAAUCAUCGUACCUUCGGCUUCGUGGCUGACACAUCUUCUCGUCAGGGCUCAUCACAGACGAACUCUCCACGGCGGGGUCCAGCUCACUCUCGGCCUGCUCCGCCUACGAUAUUGGAUUCCUCGAGGUCGCUCCAUCGUCAAGAGGGUCAUCCACCGAUGCGUAACGUGUGCAAGAUGGAAGGCUGUAGUGCCGCAGCCCAUGAUGAGCGACCUUCCGACGGCGCGAGUCGCUCCAGCACGUCCAUUCUUGCGGACUGGAGUUGAUUACGCCGGGCCGAUCCUGAUCCGAACCACCAAGGGGAGAGGACACAAAUCGCACAAAGGCUUCAUCGCAGUUUUCAUCUGCCUCACUACCAAGGCCGUACAUCUGGAAGCCGCGUCGGAUUAUUCCACGGACGCAUUCCUCGCUGCAUUCUGGCGCUUCACUUCCCGUUGGGGCCUCUGCGAGGAAGUCUACUCGGAUUGCGGCACAAAUUUUGUCGGCGCAAACCGAGAAUUGCGACUCCUGUUCCAGGCGUCGUCAUCCGACGGCCGGCGCAUCGCCCACACAGCAGCGUCCAACGGAAUACGGUGGAGAUUUAAUCCGCCGGCGGCACCUCACUUCGGCGGGCUUUGGGAGGCAGCGGUGAAAUCCACCAAACACCACCUGCAAAGAGUUCUAGGAGACACGACCCUCACCUUCGAGGAGAUGUCUACAUUCCUCACUCAGGUGGAGGCGUGCCUCAACUCUCGUCCACUUCAGGCGCUGUCCGAUGACCACGACGACUUAACGGCGCUCACUCCGGGUCAUUUUCUAAUCGGGGCUCCUUUGCUGGCAGUGCCCGAACCUUUACUGGCAGACGUCAACGUCAACCUCUUGUCCCGCUGGAAACUUCUCCAACGGAUGCGCGACCACUUUUGGGAAAGGUGGUCGCGGGAGUACAUCAACUCACUGGCUUCCCGACCAAAGUGGUUGAAGGACACAGCAAGUCCCACCGUCGGCGGACUGUGUCUAGUGCGGUCGGACAUCACUCCACCAACCCGAUGGCCACUCGCUCGGAUCACCAAGCUGCACCCUGGGGACGACGGCGUGACGCGCGUGGUCACUGUAUGCACCGCAUCUUCGGAGCUUGUCCGGCCUCUCAUCAAGAUCGUCCUCCUGCCUGGAGCCGACACCGCAGCAUCAACGCACCCGGAUUCGUGA